CUCACAAGAUCAUAAUUUGGGAAAUUUUUGAUAAAUACCAAAAUCCAUAAUAAUAAAAAAAAGAAAGAAAAUGGAUCCAACCUUGUACAAAGUUGCUGUGAAAGGCAUUACCAGUGAUGGUGAUCUUUCACUUGUUGAAUAUCUGAAAAGGGAUGAAGAAAAUGGGUACCAAGUCACUCCAAAGGGAAAUACUGUCCUCCACGUGGCAGCCCUUUACGGCCACUCCCAUUUCGUGGGAGAAGUCCUUAAGAUUAUUCCGGCGUUGUUAUGCCAUCAGAAUCAGAGAAAUGAGAGUGCACUUCACAUAGCAGCUAAUGAAGGCCACACUGAAGUAGUCCGCGUGCUACUUAGCAUAGCUAGUGAGGAGAAUUAUAAGGAGACACUCGUGAGGAUGACAAAUGAGAAUGGAGAUACGGCCCUGCACAAGGCUGUAAGGAGUGGACACUUUGAUGUUGUCAAGAUCAUCUUGGAGAAAGAAGAGGAUCCUGAAUAUGAAUAUCCGGCCAACAAGGCAGGGGAGACACCACUUUAUCUGGCAGCGGAGUCUGGUUUUUGUGUUAUUCUACGUGAAAUUUUGAAAUCAUGCAAGAACCCAAAUUAUGCUGCAGGUCCAUUUGGUCGAACACCUCUGCACGCAGCAGUUGUUCUCGAACACUCGGAUUGCGCAAGAUUACUAUGGCAAUGGAACAAUUCUUUAUGUGAGGAACCAGACAAAUGGGGUUGGAAUCCUCUGCAUUAUGCUGUUAAACUAGGAUUGACAGGAGUAGUUUCUGAUAUUCUUGGAUGGAAGAAUUCCUUAGCCUACCUUCGAGCAGGCAGUGAAAAUGACUGGACGACAGCAAUUCACAUUGCAGCCAGUGAAGGUUAUGAAAACGUGCUAAGUGAGCUAUUACAACACUGCCCUGAUUGCUGGGAAAUGCUUAACAGCAGGGGCCAAAAUGCUCUUCAUGUAGCCGUAAUGAACGAAAAAGCAAACUUACUUCUUGAAUUGUUGAAGUCCCAAAAUUGGGGUAGCCUUGUCGAUGAGCCUGAUAAUGAUGGCAACACUCCUAUGCAUUUGCUUGCCUUUGGAAAGUACAUAAAUAAGGACAAAAUUCUUCCGCGUGAGUUUACAAGGAGGAAGUAUGUGCCUGAUGAGUUAAGAUACCAUCCCAAAGCAAAGAAAAUGACAUUUAACAAAGAUAACCAAACUCCGCUUGACAUACUUUCUCGCGCAGUCACAGAGAAAUCAAAAUCGGAGGAGGAGUACGAUAACCUGUACCCUUUUCGUCUUGGUCAAUUUGGACGACGUGGCUUCAAGAUAAAAUCGCAGGAGGAAGAGGCAUUGAAGACGUGGCGCAGACAUCAAACGAAGUGGGCCGCUAAUGAAUAUUGGAAAAAUGAACGCAAAUUUAUAAUGGAGAUAGCUCAAAUUCAUCUAGUUGUCGCCACUUUACUAAUGACAAUCACCUUCGCAGCUGGUUUCACGUUGCCGGGAGGUUUUGAGAGCGAUCCCAAUAGUUCUAAUAAAGGGAUGGCGAUUCUGAUAAGUAAAACAGCAUUCCGUGCAUUUGUUGUUUCGGAUGCCAUCGCAUUUUCAUGCUCCGCAGGAGCUGUAGUCAGCUACUUUAUCAUGGCAUUAAUUAAUAAAUAUUCGUCUGAAGAUACAGUGUCUGAAGAUACAGUGGGAGCUAUGAGUAAGUUUGCUAAUGUCGCAAUUCUUUUGCAGCUUUUGGCAAUGUCAGCCGUUGUAAUUGCAUUUGUAACCGGUAUGUAUGCUGCUUUAGCACAUUCAAUUGGUCUCGCCGUUACUGUUUGUGCCAUCGGUUGCAUCUCUUUCCUUUUGUACGUGGUGCGUGCGUUUCGUAUUGUAAGAAUAUCGCAAACGGUCAUACGACUAGACGAUUUAGGAGAGGAAAUUUUAGUGUGAAGCUAUUCUAUUGUAUUAUUUCUUUAAAUAUAAUAUUUGUUUUGACUGUUAUUAAAUUUUAUUGUAUCGUAUUAUUAAAUUUGUUGUUAUGUAACAAUGAGAAGUGUUAUUUUAUAUAACUCGAUUUAGUGUGAUCGCGUCAUU